UAAUCGAAUUACAUCUAAUUGUGAAUUGCUUCGCAUCUCCACUCCUUCCUUACCUACCUUUUCCUUCUUCAACACAUCAUACAAAAUGGCCACACGAAGCGCCGCCCUCAAGCUCGAUUGGGCCAAGGUCACCUCCUCUCUAGGCCUGCGCGGCCAGACCGUCGCAUCCCUUCAGGCUUUCAAGUCGCGCAACGAAAAUGCCCGCCGCAAGGUCCAGGCUCUCUCCGAAUUACCGACUUCCGUUGACUUCGCACACUACCGAUCCGUCCUGAAGAACCAGGCAGUGGUUGAUGAAAUCGAGAAGCGUUUCAAGGCCUUCCAACCUGCGAAAUACGAUGUCACACGCCAGCUCAAGGCCAUUGAGGCCUUUGAGGUGGAGGCCGUCAAGAACGCAGAGGCUACCAAAGAGAAGGUCGAUCUCGAGCUGAAGGAUCUCCAAGCCACCCUUACCAACAUUGAGACUGCCCGACCUUUCGAGGAGCUCACUGUGGAUGAGGUUUGCGCGGCAGAGCCCUCCAUCGACGAGAAGACGGCGAAGUUGGUGUCCAAGGGCCGCUGGACCGUUCCGGGAUACAAGGAGAAAUUCGGCGACCUUUCCGUACUAUAGACAACAUGCGCACCGUAAUCAAAGCAACUACUCCCUUUCCCUUGUGUAUUCUAGCAUUGUAGAUAGGAGGGCGGAAGGAGAGGUGCAGGUGGGAAGUGGGAAUAAAUCAAGCACACUUUUUAUCAGGUUUACUUGUCCGGGCUGCGUCGGUUAAUGUGACUUGUAUUCCUACCCGCGAAAGUACUAGGCAACUUCCAUGGAUAGAUGAAUAUAAACUACCACUAUGGACGCAUGGGCUUUCUAUAGAACCUCUACGAAUGAUAGUCCUAGCGAAAAUGACCUCGGGACCGAUUCAAUUGGUUCUUUGUACGCCUGAUUCAAAUGUUCUCAUGUGUCAAUAUCUCUAGACAUUAAGACCAGCAUGUGUGACUACUGUCGGCACCUUGGCUAAUGGGGCCUCACAAUCUUUCCCUCAUCUGUGUGUUGAACUUGUC